GUGUCAAAGAGUCUAACUCAAUGUGAAUUAUUGUAAAUUUAUUUUAUAUUGUUUUCAAUUCUGGGACUCAUAACCUGAAUGAGAUAGGACAAGUGCUCAGUUGAUCAGCUUUGAAAACGUUUUUUGGUUGCAUCAUGUCUGCCAUCACUAAUCAUUGGAACAAAAUGAAAAUGCUGCAGAGGCAGCUAAGAGCUGUAUUGAUACUGUUUUGCUGUGUUCAAUUUCAUGUCCAAAGUUGUGAUGAAAUUGAAGAUGUAAUCAGCAGAUCUCAAUUUCCAGAAGGGUUCCUUUUCGGAACAGGCACUUCCUCUUACCAGAUUGAAGGAGCGUAUUUUGAAGAUGGAAAGGGUUUAAGCAAUUGGGAUGCUUUUAGUCAUACACCAGGAAAGAUAAAAAAGGAUGAAAAUGGUGACAUUGCAGAUGAUCAUUAUCAUCGCUAUUUGGAAGACAUUGAGUUGAUGUCGUCUCUUGGGGUAAAUGUAUAUCGAUUUUCUAUCUCAUGGGCGAGGAUUCUACCAAGAGGGAUAUAUGGGGACAUAAAUCCAAGUGGGAUAAUGUUCUACAACAAGAUUAUAGACAAUCUGCUGCUUAGAGGGAUUGAGCCAUUUGUGACAAUUCAUCAUUAUGACUUGCCACAAGAACUGGAAGAAAGAUAUGGUGGUUGGAUUAGUCCCCUGAUACAGAGUGAUUUUGUCCAUUUUGCUGAAAUUUGUUUUAAGAGCUUUGGAGACAGGGUAAAGUACUGGACUACCAUCAAUGAACCAAACCUGUUUGCAGAUUUUGGCUAUAUGGAAGGAACAUAUGCCCCUGGUCACUGUUCCCCACCUUUUGGAAAUUGUAAUACCGGGAACUCUGAUGUUGAGCCUCUCAUUGUCAUGCACAAUAUGUUACUGUCACAUGCCAAGGCUGUUGAAUUAUACCGCAAGCACUUUCAGGCAAAGCAAGGGGGAACCAUUGGCAUUGUUGCAUUUUCCUUCAUGUAUGACCCACUUAGAGAUGAAGAAUGUGAUAGGCAAGCAGUGAGUAGGGGCUUGGCUUUUGACAUAGCCUGGGUCUUAGAUCCCUUAGUUUUUGGUGAAUACCCACCCGAGAUGCGCUCUAUCCUUGGGAGUAAGAUGCCAGUGUUCUCUCCUGUGGAGAAGAGUCUCAUAAAAGGAAGCCUAGACUUCAUUGGCAUCAAUCACUAUGGAACUCUCUAUGCCAAGGACUGCUCCCUCUCUACUUGUUCUCUUGGAGCAGAUCAUCCAAUAGCAGGUUUUCUAGAAAGAACUGCAACAAGAGAUGGCAUUCCAAUUGGUGAUCCGACAGGAGUACCAGAUUUCUUUGUGGUUCCAAGGGGUAUGGAGAAGCUUGUAGAGUACAUUAAAAUAAGAUAUCGUAAUAUGCCCAUGUAUAUUACAGAAAAUGGAUAUUCUCAACCGCCUAAGCCGGAUGUGACAAUACAUGAUUUACUACAAGAUUUCAAACGAAUAGAUUAUCAUAAAGCCUACCUUGCAGCUCUGCUCAGAUCCAUAAGGAAAGGUGCGGAUGUAAGAGGAUAUAUGAUAUGGUCAUUGUUGGACAACUUUGAAUGGACAAGUGGCUAUGACAUAAGAUUUGGGCUAUAUUAUGUGGACAGAGGCACUCUUGAACGAAUUCCUAAACUUUCUGUUCAAUGGUUUUCUAGUUUCCUCAACAACAGUAGCCACCCCAACAUAACAGAACACUUGAGCAAGCAACAUAUUGAAAGCAAAGAUACAUUUUUCUAAAACAUCGAGAGGAAGACAUGGAAGUUGAAGAAAGGCUCACAAUGUAGAUCUGAAAAUAUACAAUCAAGUAUCAAAAGAGUUACAACACUUUGUUGUUUAAACAAGAUUUGUUGAUUACUAAUUACUAGCUAAAUGUAAGUAACCAGUUGUGUAGAUCCAUGCUUUAGUGGAAAAAUAAUUUUUUUGAAAUUAUAAGAUUGACUUAGUGGUUGAAUGAACAAUUGUGAAUUCAAAUCUCUCUCGUUAACAAAAAAUAAUAAGCUAACAAUUAAUAUUGACCGAUAUAAAAAAAAAAUAAUUCUUCUUCAUGUUAGAAUGUGGUAAGCUCAGUUGCUUUAACCAACCCUAACACACUAGGAGGCUUAGGUGUGUGUGACACUAAGCAACCAAUGUAUCUUUCCUGGGGAAAUUAAUUUGUAAUUUUUGGCAUGCUUCUC